AUGAGACUCGCGGUGAGCAAGGUAUGGAGCAUAACUUCCCAUGAGUUCAGAGAUACGGACGACUCUUUAAAAGCGAGAGGCUUCAACGACUCCGUGACGUUUCCAACGAAUGCGGACUAUUCGAAUGAACGUCAGAUUCUUAUAUGCAAUUUAUGUGGUAACGCAUAUUCGUGGAUAAGCAGUUUACGUCGUCAUCAAUUGCAGUGCGGUAACAAGGAAGCGAAAAUCAGUUGUGAUUUCUGCGCGAAGAAGUUCUACAGGCGGGACAGACUCAAGGAACACCUGUUUGUGUAUCAUUCUGACGUGAUUUCCGAAUGCAGGACUCGGCCUACGAAAGUGGCCGAGUAUUCAAUCCCGAGACUGAUCGUGAAGAAGAUAGAGAAGCUGCAGUACGCGAAGAAGCCGAUGAUCUACAAAUGCACGAGAUGCACCAAGAGUUAUCAAUUGGAAACGUCCUUGCGAAGACAUCAGAGAUUGGAGUGCGGCAUUGAGCCCAAGCACGAAUGCCUGAUGUGUGGCAAGAAAUUCACGUAUAAAUUCAUGCUAACUCACCAUUUGGUGUCCUGCAAGAAAAAGACAGCUUCGAAAGAAAUGUUUUAG